AUGGUCAAGAUCUUCCUCGUCGCUUCCGCCUUAAUGGCUUCCGCCGUUACUAUGGUUCAGGGUCAUUCCUGGAUUGAUACCAUCACCUCCGUCAAUAACUCUUCCAAUGUCGGAUACCCUCGUGGAUACAUGGGCCACAUUGAUGCUUACGAGACCUACGGCUUGAUCAACCAGCCCGACACCGCGUCUCUCUGCCGUGUGAACCAGCGUGAUCCGACGGACUACACGACCGAGUACCCCCGCUUGUCCACCUACGCCGGUGACUCCAUCGUCGCCAGCUACACCGAGAACGGUCACGUCACCAAGGACAAGCUCGCGCCUAACGGUACCACCCGUCCCGGAACCUACAACUGGUACUGGACUGGUGUUGCUUACGGCGGCGGCGACUCCGCCACUUCCUCCAGCCAACUCCACACCCUGUCUGAUUUGUCAGACUCGACCCUCUUGUCGGGACCCCACGACUUCGAUGACGGCAAGUGUGCAGUUGACUCUGACAAUAGUCUCGGUCGUGAUGGACCUAUCCCUUGUGAGGGUACGUUCACCAUUCCUUCGGGUACUGCGCCUGGUUUGUACAUGCUUGCCUGGGUUUGGAACUUCCCUAAGGUUCUGGAGGAGGGGUAUCAGGAGAUCUACACUACGUGUAUGGAUGUUGAGGUCUUGGCUGUGUCGGGUACGACCAACGAGGAGUCUACCGCUAGCGAUGAGGAGUCUAUCCUCGCCUCGGUCUCUUCGGCUGUUGCGUCGAGCUCUGCUGCCGCUUCCAGUACUAUCGCUAGUGAGACUUCGACAACUUCGACCUCGGCGUCGGUGAUGCCCUCGUCGGUGUCUGUGUCGAGUGUUUCUGAGGUUACUGCCACUCCGACGUCCAUAGCCAUGGCUGCUGCUUCCGCGUCCAGUGCUGCGCCGUCGCUGACUACGGUUGAGGUUGCCAAGACGUGUAAGCUGAGACGCAGGAAGCGGGCUGCUGCCAGUGCGAGUGCAAGUGCCAUUGCAAGCGCUACUGCCAUGAAAUGA